UCCCUCUGAUCGUAUUUAGAACUGGGAUAGAACGAUGCUUUACACCCCCAAAUGCAGCCAGGAAUAAACUCGACAUCGCACUGAUGAACGCGUUGAGCUUUGCAGAAGGUGCAGGCUUACAAAAAGAGACGUAAUUCUUAACGUAGUGAUAGUCGAUUGAUCGCGUACCGUGGACCACACACAUUUAUCCCGUAACGAGCUCAAAUCCACCCCGCAACUUACUUCUGAGCGACUGCGUUAACUUGGUUGCGAUAGACGGGCAUUGGCCAUCAUUAGAACUUGUCGACCUACUAAGCGUAGCUGCUUAUAGAUCCAGCAAUUUCUUUUGACACCUUUUCGACGCUAUUCAGUGCUCAUCGGUAGAUCAUAGAUUUCUCCGCCGAUGCCCGAGCUAAAACGCUGAUCAAGCGAUUGAUUCGUUCAUCCAUGGUCACUGUUCAAAUGGUUGUCUCACGUAAUCGAACGGUGUCUCCUCGCGAACGGAUUGUUCAAUACCUAUUUAGAACUGCUGUUUUGCAUUUUUCCUAAAUACGAAUAUGGGCGUGUUGUUUUGUUGUUGUUUUUGAACGACGUAGUGCCGUCGGCCGAAGCUAGGCCUCAGGGUACUUGUGAUGUGGACAAUGAAAAUUGACGAAAAUCAUCUGAGCUAUAAAUAUCUGCUAACAGCGGCGGAACGGCGCGAGUACCGUGACCUGAACCCGAUACCGAAACGCCCGUUAAUCCCCCCUCCGUCGCUACAAGAUGCUAACAAAAUCCUGCUCGUGCUCGAUUUAGAUCAAACGCUCAUGAACAGCCACUAUAUAAUGCCUAAUCAUUAUGAUUUCUCUUUUAAACUUAAUCUGGCCGGCGGCGUUAAAAAAGUUAAGGAUGUCUUUGUGCAGACAAGACCAUACGCCUACGAAUUUCUUUCAAUUACGAGUCAAUGGUUCGAAUUGGCAGUCUAUACGGCAUCAUUGCCGAUCUAUGCUGAUCAGAUCAUCGAUAAGAUCGACACGAACCGAUUGAUUAAGCACCGCCUAUACCGGCAUCAUUGUGGUGUGUAUCGAGAUCACUAUAUUAAAGAUCUUGAGUUUCUUGGACGACCGCUAACCAGGGUGGUUUUAGUGGAUAACCAUCCAGCCAGUUAUAUGGCGCAUCCUGAUAAUGGUGUACCAAUUUACUCAUAUCUCGGUCAGCCGGACGAUAACGGCCUCAGGGAUCUGAUCAGCUUUCUGCAAUUGCUCCGUAGUGUUGACAACGUCGUCCCAUGUGUACAGCGAUAUGUUGUCUGGUGGCGAAAAAAACUUGGGGAGUAUCUCCAAGCGUGCGCCGAAAAGGAGGCCACGGCGACAAGAAAUGGCACCAACCUAGACGACAGCUGGUAGUAAAAUACGAAAACUCUAACGACUCGACGAUAAAAGAAACCGUCUAAAUCUUCCACGUUUAUUGCGUCCGCGCUUGCUCUCACCCUCUGUAAAACGAUGGGAGACAACUUUACGCUGAUAUACGCUAAACACACGGAGCAAAUAGCCUUGGUCACCUAGAUCAACGGCACUGCGUGGUACAAAAUUGUUAUUUGUAUAUACAUGAACACAUCAGACCGAUAAGGUACACUGAAGAGUAAUUGACUAGAGCUGGUUUAACUAGAUUCCAUACAGAAGAAUCGAAUUCAGGGAGUUAAAGCGCCCGAAACAAUUCUGAGCGCAGUAUGACGCCCGGACAUCAAGCAAAGGGCUCCAAAGAGCCAAGUGGAAAUAAAUUGAAAAAAACGAGGAUUUUGGCGGAAACAAGAUGACCCGAUUCAUCUCCGCCCUACAUAUUUAUCUAGUUGGCUUUUAUAAUAUAAGUAUACAUGAUGUCAUUGUUCAGUUAUUAUUGGUAAGAAUGGCUCUUUGUUUCCUAGUUGUACAUACAAUGGAUCAAUAAUAACGCAUCCAGCUUUAGAUGUUUACUAUCCGGUUUACUCGGAUUAACUGCUUUGUUCCUGGAAGCAGUGCCCUGAAACGCUUGCCUAGUCGGGUCAAAUAGGUUGUGCCUAUUUACGUCUCAAUUAAAUUAUAUAAGACUAUAAGGACACUUGAACAUCUCUGGCUGUCAAAUAUGACC